GCCUCUCUCUCUUUCUCUCCACAUGCAGCCCCACUGCCCCCCACACACCCCAGACUCACUCCCAAAGCCACACACACACACACACACAGAUCUGGAGGCUGCCCCAGGGUCCCUCUGGCUCCUUCAGGAUGCUCUCCUCCUCUUCCUCCUCCUCCUCCAGCGCCGGGCAAACCUGUGGCCUGGUGCUGAUCUUCGCCGUCCUGCUGCAGUCUAUCUGCGUGGCCAUCACUUUCCUCUAUUUCACCAACGAGCUCCAACAGCUCCGUGCUACUUAUUCUGAGAGCAGCUUGGCUUGCUUCACUAGAGAAGACUUUUUGCUAGAUGUGGAUCUAGAUUACAAUGAAGACAGCGGCCCCUGCUGGCAAGUGAAGCGGCAGCUCUCAAGGUUAAUUAAAAAGAUGAUGGCCAGACACCUUUUGGAGGAAGCAGCCUCUAAUGCAGCCUCCAGUGCAGCCUCCUCAGCAACAGGCCGCGUUUCUCAAGUUUCCACUGCAACUGAAAGAGAAGCUUCUCGGAGUGCUGUGCCCAGAGUGGCAGCUCACCUUACUGCAAGCCAAAACAGGAAGAGUGCAUUAAUCACACAAAAUUUCUCAAUCAGAAACAACCUGGGAUAUAAAAUAAAUGCAUGGGAAGCAUCAGGAGGAGGCUAUUCAUUUCUUCACAAUGCAGGACUGAACAAUGGGGAACUGGUCAUACCACAGACAGGCUUCUAUUACAUCUAUUCCCAAACUUAUUUUCGGUUCCGUGAACCUGAGGGGGUAGAACCUGAUUCAGAUCCUGGCUCCGACAGUGUCCGAAACCCUAAGCAAAUGGUUCAGUAUAUUUCAAAGCUCACUGACUACUACCCAGACCCCAUCUUACUGAUGAAAAGUGCUAGAACUAGCUGCUGGUCCAAAAAGGCAGGAUAUGGACUUUAUUCCAUUUACCAAGGGGGGGUAUUCCAGUUAAACAGUAAUGAUCGGAUUUUUGUGUCUAUCAGCAAUAAGGACUUAGUAGACAUGGAUAAAGAAGCAAGUUUCUUUGGAGCCUUCAUGGUCUCAUAGAGGCAGAAAAAACAAGAAUUCCAAAAACUUGGAAAGGAUUGCCCAAGGAAUCAAAAGUUACAGGUUUGAUUUCAUAACAAGGACAUUUACUCUGUAGAACUGGAACAGCUGUGCAUAUUUUCUACUGAAUGGUUGCCCGUCAUUGACUGCCUUGGUUCUGCUGAGAAACAGAUGAACUGCAAUUAGCCAAAGUACAAGGAAACACAGAAAUUAAUGGUUGGAAUGCCAUUAUACAGAAUCUAAUUAUGAAGGAUAUCAAGUUCUUGAACUGCUUUCUACCUAUGAUCCAGAGAAUGUUACUAACACAGAAGACUGCAUGCAACAUUUCUACAGAGGAUGUAGAAAGCUGCAUGGAGGAAGACAUGAGGACAGGCAGGUUUACAUCACUGGAUAAUAGUAAUCUCUAUUUCACAGGAUUUCAUAACAUACUUUAUAAUUCUUGGACUGGGGCUACAAACUAUUUCAAUAUCAGCAUUCAAAUAUAAUGGGUUGCAUUUAGCCAACCUUUUUGUAGCAGGGUUGUUUUAAGAGCUAAACUACAUAUUCAGAAAGGUCACAUGGAAAAGCUGUCCCAACUCUUUACCAUUCCAGGCUCUUGGUGUGUCAAACUACAUAUUGAAAGGUUUAAGUCCUUCUCAUUAAUAUGCUGCGCUUGGCAUAUGCACAUCUUCAUGUAGAGAAAGAAACUGAACAUGUGAUGGAUUUUGAAGAGUCUGAAGCAGGUACAGUCUCAGGAAGGCUCUACCAUGUGAUAUUUCUAAACCCUUCUGCUCAUCUCAUUCAUACUGUGAAGUCUGCUGAAAAACACAAUUUACAUCUUACUCUUGUUGCACAGUGGAUGAUAAUGAUCACAUUAAUUGGUUUACACACUGCGGUUGGAAAAGUGACCUGUAAAGUCUCAGGGCUCAAAUGGUUAUACCUUUGUUAAAUAUUUCCCUUUAGAUCAAGACUUCUUUCCUUGGAAAAGAAACCCUUGCUAUUCUUUUUAAAAUGACAUGCUAACAAAACCCAAAAAUACUUAGAAAUGCACACUUCCAUAAACCUUCUGCCACACAUUGCAUUGCAUUUGCAUUGGCAAAACCUUCCCCUACCUGCAGCUCUUUGAAAUAUGCAAGAGCUCUUGUGGAUUCAGUAUCUGACAGUCUUCAUAUUGACUUAUAGGGUCAUGCACAAUUUUCACUGCAUAAGUCAUCCAUGAGGUGAUCAUUGAUUAUUAGGGUGGAAGUCACAGGAUACACUCAAUGUUCCAAAAUCUGCUCAUUUGAAAUUAACCUUUUGAAAAUAAGAGAUGUUGGGAAUAUGGCAGAAUGCAGCUUUGGGAUGAGGUGCCAGACCUUACCCAUUGAAGGCAACUGUUCUCAAAAGACAGAGCCACAGUCUUUGCCAUGUUGCUCUGAUUAUUUCUACCAGUCUAUUGAAUUGCUAUGGAUCAAGCAAAUUUAGAGGUCUACAAUGUAUGGGAAGAAGUGGGUGGACAAAAUGAAUAGUUCCAUCCUUUUGCAGUGCCUUAGCACAUUUAUAGGGAUCAUAUUUGGGUGAAGGUCUGGCAACCUGUUGUGGAAUACAGUGAAUUUUUGUGGCCAAUCUAUUUCAUUUACUCUGAUUCUGGGGUCCUGAUUUAAGUUUCCUUUAUAUGUUUGUGUUGUGAUUGUGGAAAUGAAAGCUUGCAUCAGUUUAUCAUAAGGCCAAUCCAGGGGAGCCCUUACUCAGUGCCAGAUAAUAUUUUCUGUGCCAUGUUCUCUCUAGAAAUCUCUAGAUCCUCCAGCAUGAAUCUGCUGGAGGUUGACCAUAAAGUUUCAUUAGAGGUUGAAGAGACUACUAGAAAAAACACUACUGUAGGCAUAUGUAGGUCUUCCAGAGUUUAUUCUAUGGUCAGCCUCUGACAGAUAUUGAUCAUAGAGUUGUGUUGGAGGAUUUAGAGAUUCAUAGAGAGGUUUUCUCUCAGGUAAAAGAAAAUUGUUUUUUAAUUUAUGGGUUUUUUGCUUUCAUGGGGGUCCUGUGCCCCUAACCCCAGCAAAAUGUGAAGGGCACAUUGUUUAUGUUCAGAACCUUGGUCAACUCCUGUGUUAUUCAGGCUGGAGUGGAUUCAAUGCCUCACUGCCAUGGAAGCCAAAAGCCACCAGUGCCCAUAUCUAGCUAAGGUAGGCUGCUCCCAGAUGUCUGCAUUUCUGCCACAUCAUUUGCCCCAAUUCCAGUGGAGGACCAGAGAAAACAUCUACCAUUCUAGACCUCUCAUGAUGGCCAGGAGGAGUGUUGCUUUGGGACAUUGCUGGGAAAUUUAAAUCAGCAGAUGCUUUAUAGCUUCCUGCAGGUCAGGUUUAGAGCAGCAAGCAGGACAGUACACCAGCUCAGGCAGAGGCAUUCACAACUGUCCAAGAAUAUGUAGCUUCUGAUAUACCUAAUGCUGCUUAAAAUCAGAUUCACCCACUUGCCAAUCACCUACAGCAUGGUUGACCAACUUGUGGUUCCCCAGAUAUUGGACUAUAACAUCCAUGAUCCUUCACCAUUGGCCCUGCUGAUGGAAGUCACAGUCCAGUGCACUGAGGAUGCAUUUUGCUUACCCAGAUAUAAAACAAUUUUUGGCUUGGACAUACACCUUUUAAUUUACAGUGCGCCUGCGCUAUAUGUGGCUUUGAGCUUACGUGCUCAAGCUGUGUGGGGCGCAAGGGGCGGUGAGUCCCAUUCAGAUGAAUGGAGCGCGUGUGCACUGCCAUGCCACCAUGCGCACGAGCCCCAUUCAAGUGAAUGGAGCUCAAGCAUAGGUGGAAUUUGCCUUACGUGAGGGGGGGUCCGGAACAGAGCCCUCACGUAAAGCGAGGGUCCACUGUAUGUCUUGAAGUUCUUUCAUAAACCAUUGCUGGAACAUAUGAAGAUGUAGUGUUGAUGGAAGGUAUUAUGUGUUGCAGCUGCCUCCAUUGAAUAACAUCUGUGGCCCAUUCACACUAUACAAUUAUAGUGCUAUAUUGCACUUGAACUGUCAUGAGAACAUUUUGUGGAUCCUUGUGUUUCAUAGUUUGGUCAGAUAUUAGCACUCUCUGGCUGGGUAACAUAAUGCCUCAUCCUAAACUCUCAGGAUUCCAUAAAACUGAAUUAUGUUCAGCAAAAAUAGCAAUUAAAAUGGAAUUAUAGCAUUAUAAUUGUAUAGUGUGAAUGGGCUGGAAGUACAAAUUCCCACAGUCUCUGUGUAUGUGUCUUCAGGUUGCCUGUGGACGUAUGUGACCCUAUAAAUUUCAUGAAGUUUUCUUAGCCAAGGAAUACUCAAGAGGUGUGUUUUACCAAGUAUAAUCUACACAAUCUUGCAAAAACAACAACAACCACGAUAGGAUUUUCGUUAAGUCGGGAACGACUUGAAGCCACAUAAAAAUACACUUGGUAUUCAAUCCUUCAAAUGGCUUUUAAAAAAGCUUCACUGAUGCAGACUAACUGAUGGCAAAAAUGGCAGGGAAUCUCUUGACUAUGUUUGUCUAUUUUUAGGGUGUGGGUUAUUCAGCAGAGACUUCCUGACUUCCCUGUAUUGUAUUAAAAUUCUGCCAUGUUUUCCACAGCUCUCAGGAGUUUGCAUGAGUGACCAAAAUGACAUGACCCUGCUUCUCCACCCACAACCUUCCCGUACACAGGAUUAGCACACAGGAUUAGGACACAGUGACCCUGGCAAUAUUCAUCUCAGGCUACACUGUCAUUUAAUGCUACUACAUUCUCCCCACCCUGAGAAAAAUUCAGGAUUGCAUAGUAACAAGUAAAAGCUGAGGGAGUUGAUUCUUCAAUUUCUGUGCCUUCAAAUUGUACAGCACAAUCUGAUGAAGACUUACAUAGAAGUAAACCCCAUUGUAUCCAGUGAGGUGUAUUCCCAGUAUGUGGGAACAGUGGUGGCUACUGGCUCAUCUUGGCAAUGAUGAACCCACUCCAGAUGUUAGCCUGAACUUUUCAGGUUAGCGUUCAACAGCUUGGAUUUGCAAUUUGGACUAAAACCUUGAGUCAUAUUUGAUUUUACUGAUCUCAGUUUGAUUGCCAGAUGUAGCAAACAGCAUAUGUAUAUAUGGGUGUGUGUGCUUGUGUGUUGGUUUACAAUGUAUGCAAAUAGAAUUGUGCCACAGGGCAGAUCCUUUCAGGAUUUUAUGAGGAUGCGACAGUUGAUUGACAAUUGAUUUACUCUUCCCAGGAUGGUGACGUUCCAGCACUUUUGGGUAUAGCAAUCUUACUGAAUGAGAGGUGGUUUUUUUCCUUUCUUUUUAGCUUCCCUGCUAUUGUCUCCAGAGGCACGGGUUUCCCCUCCAAUGUUGCCUGGCAGUUUUCAUGGCAGUAGGGUACUGACUCCCCAGACUAUGUGAGCCACUCAAGGUGCUAAAUCUAUUUGGGGAAUAGUUUCAGGAACCCACCCACAGUAAAUUCAUUAAUUAAAAAAUUGUUGUCGGUGAUUCUCUCUUAGGGACACCCAUCAGGUACCUAGACCCAAAAAAGCGGCAAUUUUUUUAAGUAAAAGAAAACUCAUUCUAGCCUCAGAUACCUGGUAUUUAGAUCCCACCACCACCACCUCCAUGAAUAAAGUGCUAGAAUUUUGCUCACCUUUAAAAACACACCUUUUUAUACCUCCCUCUUUUUUGCAUGGCAGCCCUACAAAACAAGCUUGGCUCAACAUGACGUGCAACAAGAUAAACAAAAACAGAAUGAACAGAAGUAUCACAGUCUGCAAUGGGGGCAUUUUCUAAGAUUGCAUUUUUCUUUGUUUGCUUCAUUUUGUAAUUUUUAUAUAUAUAUAUAUAAAACUAUUUUUUUCACCAA